GCCUCGAACGAAUCUCCACGCUGAAGGGGCCGAAGCGGGAGAGGAAGAUGCAAGGCGCGGUCGCCGCAGCCACGCGCUCUUUGGCCCUGGGAUUCCUCCUUCUGGCGGCCGCUCAGCCCUCCAACAAUCAGCAGCAGUUACAAAGGCCGAGGGCUUUUAAAUGUGGUGGUAUUCUAACUGGAGUAUCGGGGUUUAUUGGAAGUGAAGGAUUCCCAGGGGUCUACCCACCAAAUAGCAAAUGUACCUGGAAAAUCACAGUUCCUAAAGGGAAAGUUGUUGUUCUUUCCUUUAGAUUCAUAGACCUGGAAAGUGAUAAUUUAUGUCGAUAUGACUUUGUGGAUGUAUAUAAUGACCAUGUUAACGGGCAGCGUCUUGGCCGGUUCUGUGGCACUUUCAGGCCUGGUGCUCUUGUAGCCAAUAGCAAUAAGAUGUUGGUGCAAAUGAUUUCAGAUGCCAAUACAGCUGGAAAUGGCUUUGUUGCAAAGUAUUCUGCAGCAGAGCCACAUGAAAGAGGAGACCAAUACUGUGGUGGACGACUAGAUAAACCAAAUGGAUCUUUUAAAACUCCAAACUGGCCUGAACGUGAUUACCCAGCAGGGGUGACCUGUGCCUGGCACAUUGUGGCUCCAAAGAACCAGGUCAUAGAAUUAAAGUUUGAGAAAUUUGAUGUGGAACGAGAUAAUUAUUGCAGGUAUGACUAUGUGGCAGUGUUUAAUGGUGGCAAGAUUAAUGAUGCCAGGAGAAUUGGGAAAUACUGUGGAGACAGCCCACCAGCGCCUAUUAUAUCUGAAAAAAAUGAGUUGCUUAUUCAAUUUUUGUCUGAUUUAAGUUUGACUUCUGAUGGAUUUAUUGGUCAUUAUAUAUUCAGACCCAAAAGAUUACCAACAACCACAUCACCAAUCACCACCACAACUCUUCCUACUAUCCCAGCCUUGAAACCUACAGUCAGCCCGUGCCAGCAAAAAUGCAAAAGGAGUGGAACUCUUGAGAGCAAUUACUGUUCCAGUAACUUUGUAAUAACUGGAUCUGUUAUCACAACCAACAUCAGAGGUGGAAGUUUAUAUGCAACUGUAUCUAUCAUUAAUGUAUACAAAGAAGGAAAUUUAGCAAUUCAGCAAGCAGGGAAAAAUCUGAGUGCCAAGAUUAUUGUUGUCUGUAAACAAUGUCCUGUUAUCAGAAGAGGUCUCAACUAUGUCAUCAUGGGCCAGGUAGAAGAAGAUGGCAGAGGUAAACUCCUGCCCAGCAGUUUUACUAUGAGUUUCAAGACCAAGAACCAAAAAAUCCUGAAUGCCUUAAAAAACAAAAGGUGCUGA